AUCGUGGCCGUCCGGGGGGGAGUCUGAGAGUGGGCAGGGCAGCCACGGCAGUUCCGGGAUGGUUGGAGGGCCAAGACAGCCUCUUGAGAACCGGCUUCGUGUCACCACUGACAUCCCGGCUACAUCCUCAUCCUCCUCAUGCGCCGCUCUCGUCACCCUACCUCCUCCGCUCUGCUGGCCUCGGUACUCACCUGCUGCUGGUGGUGAUGAUAAUAACGACGACGAUGGCGAUGCUGAUGAUUCGGAUGUUCAGCUGAUGGUCGUGUGAAUGAUGAUGAUGAUGAUAAAACACACCUACAUCUGAGGCUGAUGAAGAAUGAAACUUUCUUCAAUUACUGCUGCUGCUGACGAUGAUAUUGGGCCAUCUGACGGAUCACUUUACUGCUGCUGCUGAUGAUGAUACAAACCGACAUCUGAAGCUGAUGAAGAUUUAAACUUUCCUCAUUGACUGCUGCCAAUGCUGAUGUUGGCCGGCUGACGGACCACCUCACUGCUGCAGCUGCUGAUGGAGAUGAUGAUGACGAUGAUGACGAUGUCAUUUUAAGUUAAUGAUCGAUUUCUCAUCAAUCUCCUCGUGCGACGAUGACGACGAUUGCAAUGGCGACGAGGGUGCAAGGAUAUUAUUAUUAUUAUUGACGAGCUCGCGGCGAGCGGAGACUUCGCGGCGGCGAGCGUCGCCCCGACGAUUCAACUGUUGGCAUGCCGUAGAGGUCCGGAGGUAGGGAGGUAGGGAGGAGGAUAUCAUAGAAUUACGAGAGCGGAGGAAGCGGAGGAGGAUGACGAUGCCCACGACGACGACGACGACGAGCCGAAGCACCACGCUCAACUCCACCUCGGAGGAGGACGCCGACGACAUGGUGGCGGGAGAUCUGGGAGCGGGGCUCGGCAAAAAGCCGGGGGGCCUCGUCUUUGAGGAGAAGGAAGCGAGCCCCUUGCAGACCCCCGCGGCGGCGGUGGCGGCGGGGCACUGCAAGGGGGGGGGACCUCACGACCCCGCCAGAGCCCUGAGCGGCGGCGGCGGCGGCGGGGGUCACGCUGUCAACGGAUGCGUGGGGACGAGGGCAGAUCGGCUGGCCGAUUGCGAGCUGGCGCUGGAGGUCCUGAGGCAUGAACUGGAGCAUUCCCACGAGGAGGCCGAGGCUUUGAGGCGGCAGCUGGAGCAAGCGCACGAGCUGCUGGAGGAGAAGGAUGCCGCCAUCCAGACUCUGCAGAGCAAGGCCGUGUUUGGAAUAGCGACGUCGCACUGCGUGGAGAAGGUGCAGAGGAUAGAGGAGAGCAAGAAGUCUCUGGAGAAGGAGGUGAACGAGCUGCGCUGGGAGGUGGAGUCCAACCGUGAGCGCCUGAGCAGCGUGGAGAAGCUGUGGCUGGAGCGAUACGACAGGCUGUGCUGCGAGAACGAGGCACUCAUGGCGAGCUUGGAGCUCCGAGCGGAGGAAGCGAGAAAUCUGAGCGCCGACAACAUGGGGCUGAAGAGGCAGCGUGACGAGCUGCAGGCCUCGCUGAGCGUCAGGGACAAGCGGACGCUGCUCGGCUCCUGCGCCGGCCUGGGUCAGCGGCCCGGCGGUCGCUCAGAGGUCACCCCCCUGGAGCUGGCGGUGUUGGGCGCUUGCCGAUGCGGGGGGACGGCGGUGCCGGCGCUGGCGACGGGGGAGCCCUGCGCCUGCGCCUGGGCCACCGCCGCCGCUCGGCGCAAAAUUGUGGAGCUGAAGAGCCAGCUGGAGGAGCUGCGGAGGCGCGAGGAGGAGAGCGUCGCCGUCGGGGACGCCUACCGCAUCGCCUUCGAGCAGCAGCUGUGCCGAGCCGCCACCUUCGCUGCCCGCAUGGCCCCGCGCCAGCGGCCGCCCUCCGCCGCCGGCCGCCCGCUCCGACACAACCACCCCGCCGUCCCCGCUCACGGUACGGGCCGCGCCGAUGCUCGCGCGGGUAUCGGCGCGGCCUGCUCGUAGCCGCGGACCGUCGGGCUCGCCGGCGGUAAGUUCGAUAUUUUACAGAGCUGCAAAUGGUGAUUUGGUGGAGUUGGCGGGACCCCGGGGUGGCAUCGCUAGCCCCCGUGGUGGGGCAAACCGCGUGGCGACACGGGUCUCGCCGCCUUGCCGACAACAAAGCGAGCGGUCGGUCGAUUGGCCUCGU